ACCAACAUCAACUAACUAACUGGACAUCUAUCUUAUGCUUGAGGCCGGCAAUGCAAAGGAAUCGGACUCGACUCGACCGACUGUCACUCGUACUCGACCCGAAAUCGUUGUGAGGGUUGGGGCUCUAUUGUUGUACGAUAUCUCCAUCCCUAUGGAUAGUCUUUGGCUGCACGCACACACGCACACAUGAGACGGAUGUCACGAUGACAGAUAACGGGUAAGAGCACGCGCGUCGUGUUGCUCUUCCUUUUGUGCAAAUCCGUUGUUUGAAAUCCGUUGUUGGAGGCACGCUUCCGGAACUGAUUUUUGGUGCGCGCACAUCCAAUUUGACGGAAGACUUGGUAUUUUUAUCAUAUGGUAUGAAAUAUUCGAUUGUUUUUCAUUAUUAUAGUGAAAUAAAAGGCAAGAUUCACAUUUUCGAAGCCAUUUUCCAUUUUUCCACGUUGCAACCAGUGGUCGAUGGGGGUUCUCGAACAUACAAUGUCCCAAAGGAGUACUCGAGCAAAGACACUAAAAAGUAACUCGUGAAGAACAAGUAAGAGCAAAGUGGAUGGAUGGAUUGAUCUUGUUUGCUGCGGUUGCCGAGUGGGUUUCGUGGAAGGUGAGUGAGUGCUAAAAUUUGACUGACAGGCCUUGCCGACUGCCGACAAGAAAGGAUAGAAGCAAGUAAGUGAAUGGGCACAGGCACAAGGCACUCACAUCGGGUCAAGACGCAACCAAGUAAGCAAGAAAGACCGCAAGUAAGAAAGAAGCAAGUGGAAAUCCUAGAUCGUGUCUCUUUGCCACACAAAAAUCCAAUCCGACGAAAGAAAGAGGACCAGUCGCUACUACUACUAGUUACUUCUACUACACAAGCUAGCUACAGUAGCUAGAUCAAGAUGAACAAGAUGAAGUUGGUUCGCCGCGUGAGUACUGGACGCCGUCGUUUGGGGAGUACGGACAGUACUGGCACUGGCACUACUGGCACUACUAGUACUAGCGUGGAUCAUCACCACCCUUUGACUUCGCCAGAGAAACGUAGCUUUCGCAGUCGGAGUCAAGAGCGCCGAUUGAAGCGCGACGAAGAGACGGAGCGGAGUCAAGCGUCGUCUAGUAGUAACGCUAGUACUACUGGCAGUACGCAUUCCAUGGCCGGCUUUGAAGUGAUGGACGAAGAAGAAGACCCUCUCGAUCAACCACACGGAACUCCCAUCAAGAAGAAAUCUUCCACGAUGAACAAUGAACAUUCCACGGUCGUCACUCCGGCCACUUCUUCCAAAAAGGGAAAGCGAUCGUCUCAUACGUCUCCACGGUACCAUCGACGCGCCACCAGUGAUCCUUUUGACAUUAGUGGACUUCAAGAGGCGUUGCCUAGCCACACCACCACUCCAACCAGUACUGACCAAGAUGAUGAAGAACACGAUCAUACGGAAACCGACGCCGCCACGGUCGAUCUGGUAGUCGACGAACAAGCCGCUACUCUACCGACCCUGCUACGCUAUCCAGUAGCGGAAACGCGAGACCUCAAUUGCUGGAGUGAACCUCCCAUUUCCAUCUUCAAAGUCAGAGGCAAAAAUUACCUCAAGGACAAGAAAAAAUCACACUCGUCUCCUUACCUCAUGGAUGCCAGAGGAUGCGAUUUACUCUUGUUUCCAGAAAAUGAAAAGGCACACACAAAGCCACCUCAUGUGCUAGAAAGACGCAACGCUCUGUUGAAUGGGACACUUCCCGCCAAACCCACUUUUAUCAUCAAUUUCAGAUUCCCUUGGGGACUACUCAUGCUACACUUUGAAAUACCUGCCAAAAUUGUUCCUUUUCUGCAACGUGUGCCACAAGAACAGUGGUACCAAGGGCAAGAGCCUGUCCUUUCUUUUACAGAAGCCACUGAUAUUCCAUCCCUCGAUUCGCUCUCGCCAGGAGAACGCACACUAGCGCAAUGGAUCAUGGGUGAUCAACACUACAAGAAUCAACGCUUGAAACUGAUUCCCUACGUUGUGCAAGGACCCUGGGUCGUUCGCAAUCUCGUGACAGGAAAACCUGCCAUUAUCGGUACCAAAUUGCCCGUCUCUUACAAAAUCAAGGAUUCCACAUUGGUUGCCGAAUUGGAUAUUGGAAAUUCCAGUAAUACGGCGAAACGGAUUGUCUCGAUUUGUCGGCGCUACAUGAAUGCCUUGACGUGCGAUAUCGGGUUUGUCAUUCAAGGUAACACCGCACAGGAAUUGCCCGAACGCAUGCUCGGAGCCAUUCGUAUUCACGGUGUCGAUCCACUCAAGGCACCUACAUUUGGGUAAGCAUUACAAAAAGUUCAAAACGUGUGAACUCAAAACACAACAAAACGUCAAUGCAAGACGCUAGAGAGAGAGAAAUAGAAUGGGAUGGAGUUUCAGUGUCAUGUUCAAAUCAUAAUAAUAUAUCGUUGCUGUCAGGUAAUAAGGGACCGUGCAUUACGGUGCCGAGAGUAACUCUCUACAUGUAUGUGCAAAAACUUAAAACACACACAGACACACGCAUGGUAGAAAAAAGGCAACGUCUACCAAGCAACUACAGAACUAGCUAGUAGACGGGCACAAACUAGCAGCCUACCCGACACAAACGAUUCAUCAUCUAGCUAGAGCCGGCCACGUGUUGGCAAAACGUAAUUAUCUAUCUAUUGUAGCUCAGAGCAUCCUGGCACCUCCUACUAGAUAGUCUAGAUAGAUAGAGAAAAACCUGUUCACGACGACCAAUUGUUCCUGAGGAGAUGAUCCGUUGCUGCGGCACGCCCCAACGGUGGUUGCCUUCAAGGUUAUUUAUGCAAGCAAAGCAAGCAAGAUCUCUCUCAUGUCAAAUGAUGGUACGCUGUAGAACAUUCCGAUUUCCGAUUGUUCAUUCGAUCAUUCUUUCGCUACCGGUAUGUUGUAAAGCAUCGGGCUACGCGGUACGGUACCGUAU